AUGGCAUAUCGAAAUGAAAAUGGUUUUACUCGCUCAACAAAUACGACGACAACAGCACCAACAACAGGAGCAACUACAGGAGAUAAUGAUCGAAGUCUUUUGGAUAAACGUGCUAUUCAAGAAUUAAUUAAAGAAGUUGAUCCAAUGAUGCAAAUAGAUGAAGAAGUCGAAGAAAUGUUAAUUCAAAUAGCAGAAGAAUUUGUUGAUUCAACAUUAACUGCUUCAUGUCAAAAUGCUAAACAUAGAAAAUCAAAUACUGUUGAAGCUAAAGAUGUUCAAUUAUAUCUUGAACGAACAUAUAGUAUGUGGAUUCCAGGUUUUGGUACAGAAGAUCCAAAACAAUAUAAAAAAUUUUUAACAAAUGAUGCACUUAAAGCAUCAUUAAAAACACCAUAUAUGUCAUCAACAGCAAAUACUAAAUCAUCAAAUCCAAAACAACAACCGCCUCAAUCUAGUUAA